ACCGCGACCACUCCGCUUGGCGCCCGGCGCCAGCCAGCCAGCCAUGUUCACGGACGGCAUGUCGAGGCUGGCGGUGGCGGUGAGCGUCACGGUGGCGCUCAGCCUGGCCAUCUUCCUCACCAUCCUGGUGCUCCUCCUCGCGGACCUCAUCUGCGCGCACCUCCGGCGCCGGCGGCUCCGCGCCGACGCGUCCCGGUCGAAGCUGGGCCUCGGCCUGUCGCUGGCGGCGUCGUCCCCGGCGCGCGCCGACGCCGCGUCGUCGUCGGCCACGACGGCGCUCGCCGGCACGCCGCCCUUCUACUACGCGCACGGCGUCCUGCACGCGCCCUGCACCAAGGACCUCCUCCUCGCCAUCCCCAGGCUGGAGGGCGCCGUGUGGCGGUGGUCGCCGCCGACGCCGUCGUCGGGCUCGUCGGGGGGCGGCGACGGGUUCAUGUGCAUCUCCAACCCGGUGUACGACCGGGCCGCGGCCGCCCCCGGCGGCGGGGACACGCCGCCGUCGCCGCUCGGGAUCACGGAGGAGGCGGACGCGUACGGGUACGGCGAGGAGGACGCCCGCGGGUUCUCGCCGCCGCUGUCGGCGAUGAGGAAGCUACCGCCGCUGGGUGUCCUGGCCGCGUACCCCCCACCGCCGCGGCCGAGCUUCACCGAUGCCAUGCCGACAAUGGCAGCACCGGUGACCGACACCAACCGGGCCUCCUCCUCUUCGUCCGCCUACUUUUUCUCUUCGUGGUCGUCCAAGUAAGAGAUCACCUGUGACGUACGCGGAUUGUAGUGAGAUGGAGGUGGUCAGCAGCUUCGAUUUCAUUCAUUAUUUUGGCCGUUUUUUCCUCGUUCUGUCAUAUCAUUGUCAUCUACGGAGUACGGAGUAGUACCAUCGCCUCGGUCCUGCUAGCUCCUCCUGCACACUCCAUGUCCUACGACUACGAUAACCGAAGCUUUUGCUUGGUGUUUUAUCCAAA